AUGUUGAAAUUCAGUAAACCAAGGUCCCCAAAUAAAGACAAAGAAGAAAAUAACAAAGAUAAGGAACCACUUGCUUUAGGUAAUAAACCAUUUGAGAAAGUCAACUCGGCGGAUAUUGGAAACGACUCUAAAUACGCUGAUUUUUUUGACGAGCAAAGAAGGAAGGAAAAGCAAUUUAGUCACAGCACUACUAAGCCAGUUGAGUACAAGCUGCCUGAGAUGCAAACUGGUGACGAUACUGCACGUAAAUUAGAAGGUGAUGGCACCAAGACUCAAGCUGGUCUUGGGUUUGGUUCAUUAACCAAGCCUUUCAGAAGGUUUAGCGCUUCGCAUAAAAGUGGUAAUGAUCAAUCUGUCGCUGCUGUACAUGGUGAGAUUGACAAUACUGGUCAAACUGCUGACCGUUCAUUGAAACCAACUAAUCUAUUCACUGGCUUCACUGAACGUAGAAAGAGUAAGAGCAAACAAGAAAGCUCAGCAGACAGAAGAAGGAGUUCUUUGCCAACAUCACAUGUAGCUAUAGAGGACAAGCCACCUACUAAUACAGGUGUUGUGAUUCCAAGUCAUCCUCAGGGUGGAUUUACUGGUAACACUGGGAUCAAGAAUGAAAUCCAAACAGAGAAACAGAAUUUCUCACAUGCUGUAGAAAUGCAUAAUAACAACAAUAAGACCAAAUCGGAUUCAGGUUCAAUGUGGAAUUCCACUAGUAAAAAUGCAACAGCCAGAGAAUCAGGUGAUAAUUCAAAUGAGGACAGUCAUAUGGGAAAUCCUAAUGUUCAAUUGUCUGGUACGGUCUUUGACCGCACUUCCGCUAAGGGCAGAGAUAUUUUGAAAAAGGAUGAGCCAAAGACGUACUCUUCCAAUAAUCAAAAUUUUAGUGGUAUUAACAGAAAACCCUCUGCUGUAGAAGAAAACUACAGUACAGCAAAGGGCUAUUCUGAAUAUAAUGAUAGUAAUGAAAUUCCUUUGUCUACCAUUACCGGAACAGUUGGAAAUGACAGCACUUCAAAGACUCAGUUUGAAAAAAAUGUAAUUUCUACUCCAAGUAAAACUGGUAUCCAAAAAACCCAUGUCAACCCAACACCACCAUUGAGCCCAAAGGAAAUCCAGCAAGCUGAUCAUUUAGACCAUGAAGGGAGAACUUUCACUGGAAUUGGUUUAGGUACUAAGAAGGAAUCUCUAGGCUCUGGUAACAAUUAUUCCGAUAAUCCUCAUAUCAUUAAGAAGACCAAUAACUCUAAUGGCAGUGGAGUAAACAACGGCAAGUCCCUUGAUCCUAAGACUGCUGACACCGAUAAUAGUAGUUCUGGAAAAGAAGUUCACAAUGGUGUAUCAACCAUGACAGCUGGAUUAGGAUUGAAUAAGCAUGUGAAUUCAUAUACAGGCACUAAUAAUAAUUCCAAUAGAGGUCAAAAGCAAUUUGGUGUUCAAUCUGGCCAUACCGAUAGUGGCCACAACAAAACACCCAAGACUGAAGAUCUUGUUGAAGAACUAACACAGGGUGGUGCUCUAUUUGGUACUCUUGCAGAUCAAGACAAAAAUACUAGUCAUAGCAAAUCUACGCAAUCAGGUGGCAGCAUGGGCCAAAAUCAUCACUCUGGUACUAGUCACCCACAAAAUAAGGGCAUGAGCAACACUAGUACCAGUAUGCAAUCUGGUAAGCUCGGUCCAGAACAGAUGAAUAUCACAGAACCAAAGGACAUGAACAGUAGAAAAUUUGUUGAAAGAGAAUCCCACAAUAAUGACUUGGAACAAUCUUUGGAUCCCAGAUCAAAGGAAAUAAAUCCUUUGAAGAAUCUGAACAUCUCUGAACCCAAGACGGAUGACGCUAAGCAAUAUGUCCAAAGAGAAAACUCUGCAGCAAAGCCACAAAGACAAAAUAAUUUCCCAGUUGGUAUGAUGAAUGUUGAAGAACCACAGGAAGUUUACUCUGAGAAGAGGAACACAGGUAUGACAACAUCUGGAUUGCCUAACUUGGAUAGAAGCGAGUUACAAACAAGCCAAUCCUUUACUUCUAGAAAUAGUAUUAAGAGUAAAAACCUUGACGAUCUUGACCCAAUUAAGGACAAUGAUCAAGACCAACGUCAUGGGACUCGACAAGGAAGUGGUCUUGGCCACGGACAUGAUCAUGGAGCCGGUCGUGGUUACAAUAACUUCAAUGAUGAUGAGAAGUUAUCUCCUGUAACCAGUAAUGAUCAAGCUGGCCACAACCAUUUGAAAUACAGGAACAGUCUUGUUGACCCAGAUGUACCAACUUACCAGGCCGUUCCAAAAUCACAUGGCGAGCACGUUAUCCAUGGCUCACCUAUGGACUACAAAUACUCUGAGGGUAAGUCUUCAAGCACCCCAAGAUCAGAACAGCGUAAAUCACAGAGCAAAGCAAGCACUGGUAAGAAGAAAUUAAAGGAAACCCAAAGAUCUUAA